AUGGUCGAUACAGGAUCAAGUUGCAGUAUUUUGCCAUUACGGUUCAGCUCUAAUAAGCCACAGUUAUCCAAUAUUUCCUUAUACGCGGUGAACCAGUCUCCCAUCAAAACCUACGGUCAGACAUCUUUAACUCUAGAUCUUGCCUUGCGUCGAAAUUUCAAAUGGAAUUUUGUCAUCGCUGACCUGCCUCAUACUAUCCUCGGGGCGGACUUCUUACACCACUAUUCACUCAUGGUAGAUGUAAGGAGACAGAGACUUGUUGAUACUACCACAUCUUUAUCCACACCUGCAUGUGAAUCUACCGCUGCUAUCCUCAGCCCAUCGUUUUUUGUAACUGCUACCAGUUACCAGUUCCAUACUCUUCUUGCUUCGUUUCCAGAGUUAACGGAUCUCUCAUUUAAGCCUACCCAGACAGUCCACUCGACUCAACAUUUUAUUACAACAACUGGUCUACCCGUUUUCUCUCGUCCAAGUAAAUUAGCGCCAGACAGGCUCAAGAAAGCCCGCGCGGCAUUCGAGCACAUGCUCUCCAGCUCGGUCUUAUACGCCUUCUUCUAG